AUGGAGAAGAGAUUUUAUAAGACAUGUUCAAAGCAUGCUUACUAUUAGUACAUCAAUAGAUUUGAUCCAAAAUUGUUAGCAACAUAUUAGACAGGAUAUUAUCAUGGAAUCGGUAGAUAGUAAGAUAUUGAAUCACAAUUAUGAAAGAGGGCUAUUCAAGACAUUGGUGUUAAGAUAGGCAGGAGAUAGCAUCGGAAUGGAAGAGGAUCACAGUUAUACUUAUAAGAUGCAUGUGAUGGCCAUGAAUCUUAUGUACAGAAGUGGCUGGGUUUUGUUUGCUUACAUUUUAAUUUGGAAUACUUUCUUAUUGGGAGAUCCUUGCUAAGUAUCACUCAAUCAAUAAUCAAUAGGUGUUUAAUACUUCGUAUUGGGAUUUGGCAUGCAAACCUUCAGGUGACAUGGAUUACAACACCAGAUAUGAAAUGUUGUAUGUCCAAGACAGAGUAUUAAGAUUCUGAUCUAAUAAUAUAUUAAUCAUAUACACAUAAUUAGUAUUAUAAAUA